AGGAGGAGGUGGGGGUAGAUGGGGGGAAGUGGACUUGGGGGUAGAUGGGGGGACGAGAAGAGGAAGAGGGGAGCAGAUGAGGAAGGAGGAGGUGGGGGGUAGAUGAGGGGAAGUGGACUUGGGGGUAGAUGGGGGGACGAGAAGAGGAAGAGGGGAGCAGAUGAGGAAGGAGGAGGUGGGGGGAGGUGGACUUGGGGAUAAAUGUGAGGUAGGAGACACACAGGGUGGGGUUUGAAGUGCUACCAUAAUUCAGGCAGUACCACUGGAGUCGUGAUGGGGAGAGCUGUGUGAGAGGCAGUGUGGAUGGAGACCUGGGGGCAGAGGAGAGGAGGUUGAUGGGUGUAGUAGAUACAAAAAGGCGGAAGGAAAGUGGGUCUGAGAAAAAGAGAAGGGAGAAAGAGGCAGGAUUCUGCGUGUGAAAACCCCUGAGUCUUUGGCUUUCUUUGUGAUGGGAAUUCCAGCAAUUGAUGGCUGUCUGCCAGUGAUUUGAGCAUUGGCCUGCUAAACUCAGGGUUGUGAGAAUCCUUGAGGGGGCCAUUUAGGGAUCUGGGGCAAAAAUCUGUCUGGGGAUUGGUCCUGCUUUGAGCAGGGGGUAGGACUAGAUACCUCAUGAGGUCCCUUCUAGCCAGGGCCGGCUUUAGGCCUAUUCCACCAAUUCCCUGGAAUCGGGCCCUGCACCUAAGAGGGCCCCCCGCCCACUGAGAGUCCCUUCCCUGGCUAGUGUCACCUUUUUAAUGUUUACUCACCUGACGGCGCUUCGAGUCUUCAGUGGCACUUCGGCGGUGGGUCCUUCAUUGCCACUGAAGACCUGGAGCGAGUGAAGCACGUGCUGCUGAAGGCUCAAAGCACCACCCAAACCUGGUAGGCUUGUUUCAGAUCUCCCCAGGACGGCCAGCUUGCAGCAGUGGAUGGCUUGGACGUUGGAUGAAAGAACUGUUUGGUCCUUAUUGGAGCCAAAAUUGGUGAGUGGAUGGCUCAAAUGACAUAUGAAAAAUGGAACUGGAUUGGAGCCAAUAUCAACCUGAAAGUGAAAGGCUCUGUAAUUCAUUUCCCUCAAACGCUCACGAGCCAGCCAGCCUUCCUAAACAGGGGCCAGAUUGGAACUGGUAUUGUAUUCCCUGUAUUCCAUUCCAUAGAGUCUGUUUUUGGAAGUUUAUGACCAACAGCUUGGAGAGUAAAUAGUUUGGAGGUUCGGGGAGUACAAGUUGCCAAAGAAAACUUGAGUCGGCUUCCAUUCCCUUUCCAUUGUAGGGUUUUUCAAUAUCCCGUCAGUUGCUUCUGUAAGUUCUAUGAACAGAUAUUUCCAGUUUCUGACUCUCCUUGUGUCCAGUGCUCUGUGAAUAAUUAACUUGUUUUUUGCAAGUCUUAAAAAAUGUGUCCCAGAGAUCAUCAUCCAGUGCUAUAAUGCAGCCAUCUCUGGGCUGAGGCAUGGUAGCUGUUAACCACACAGCAAAGCUGCACAAAGAUCACUCACCCAGCAAAAGUGCAACUGCUUCUAGGGUGGGGCAUGGCAUGGUGUGCAACAGUUUAGUGCAAGGAGAAAACCCAAUCCAGUUGAAAUCUAGGGAGACAGAAGGGAGUUAGCUAGUUUGGGUUAGACACGUUAGCAAACUCCAUCAUCCUAAUAUUCUGACCUCCAGACUGGAAUGUGUUUGGUUCAAAAGAUGCCAUGGCAUUUCCCCCAAGAGUAUGAGCAUUAAAAUCCUAAGUCCAGACUUAGAAAAUUGACCAGUGAGGUGCCCAACUUGAGGAACCUUAAAGGGGCCUGGUUUUCAGAAAGUGCUGAGCCAUCUGCUUAUGAUAUGAUUCUUUGAUCUACACAUUCCAAUCUGGGGGCUAGUCUCAAUUUAUUUCUGGAUGUUUUCUGGAAGGCUGGUCUUGCUGUUAAGGCAUUAAGUUAGGAUUUAGGGACUUGAGCAACCCACUUUCCCACCUCAUCAUGAUCAUAUGGCAACCCCCAUGAUGGAAUGGUUAAGAUAAUCAAGAGAACACUCCAUGGAGAGUAAAGUGGACAUAGUUUCUGCUGUUAUUGGCUGAAGGCCUUCAACUGUAUUGUGACAUGUCUGUUGUGAGGUCAUCAAGGUGUAUGCAGGGGCUUCAGACUGCAUUGAUCAAGAGAGGCAGCAGGAGGAACAGCUGCCACUUCCAGCACAGCUGAGUGAGAGGGGACCCAGGGAAUGGGGUACCACCAGCCCUGUUGAGGAGAACCUGAUGCACUGAUGAGGUUACUUGCCCUGUUGAGGGAAACCUGAAUCAAAGAAGGGCUUACCAUCAGCUCUGCUGAGGGGAAUUUUAUGAGAGGUUACCAGCCUAUGAAGAGAAUCCCUCUCAGGCAGAGUGUAACAUCAUGGAGAAGAAUUCACCCAAGCCUGCUCUGAAACACCCAGCAAUUGGUAUUGACUUGGGCACCACUAAAUCCUGCGUGGGCCUCUUCCGAGAUGGCAAGGUGGAAAUAAUUGUCAGCAACCAGGGCAUCCGUACCACACCCAGCUGUGUGGCCUUCACUGAGACAGGGAGGUUGAUAGGGGAUGAGGCAAAGAACCAGGCAGCCCUCAACUCUCCUAACAUCAUAUUCAGUGCCAAGCGCUUGAUUGGCCGAACAUCUGAAGACCCUGUUGUGCAGGCAGAUGCGGAGUUCUGGCCCUUCCAGAUAGUGAAAGCUGAAGGAAAGCCCCAGGUGCAGGUGUCCUACAAGGGAAAGGAGAAGGUUUUCUACCCAGAGGAGAUUUCUGCUAUGGUGCUGGGUAAAUUGAAGGAGAUGGCUGAGGACUACCUGGGCCACCCCAUCACCCAUGCCAUUGUUACUGUGCCAGCCCACUUCAAUGACUCUCAGCGCCAGGCCACCAAAGACGCUGGGACGAUCGCUGGCCUCAGUGUGCUGAGGAUCCUCAGUGAGACUACAGCUGCUGCCCUGGCCUACAGCCUAGACAAUCCUAGCAAUGGAGGACACAACGUGCUUAUCUUUGACCUGGGUGGAGGAACCUUCAAUGUCUCCGUCCUCACCAUUGAUGGGGGUAUCCUCGAGGUGAAGGCUACCUCUGGGGACACCCAUCUGGGAGGGGAUGAUUUUGACAACUGCUUGGUGAGCUUCUUCAUAGACGAAUUCCUAAAGAAACAUCAGGAGAACAUCAGCAAGGACAGGAGGGCUGUGUGGAGGCUCAGGAGGGCUUGCGAGGCAGCCAAACGCACCCUGUCCUCCAACAUCAAAGCCAGUAUCGACUUGUACUGCCUGUACAAAGGGAUCAAUUUCCAUGCAGACAUCACCAGGGCCCAGUUCGAGGAGCUGUGUGCUGACCUCUUCCGAGGGACCCUGAAGCCCGUGGAGAGGGCGCUGCAGGAUGCAAAGCUGAGCCAGGCCCAGAUCCAUGAUGUUGUCCUGGUGGGCGCCUCCACCCGCAUCCCCAAGAUCCAGGAACUGCUGCAGGAUUUCUUUGGCGGCCGGCAGCUGAACAAAAGCCUCAACCCGGAUGAAGCUGUUGCCUAUGGGGCAGCAGUUCAAGCUGCCAUCCUGAUCGGAGAGAGGUCAGAGGUCGCGAGGGGCUUGCUUGCCCUGGAUGUGGUGUCCAUGUCUCUGGGGAUUGAGACGGACGCAGGGAAAAUGCACACCCUGAUCAGACGCAACACUGCCAUCCCCGCGGUGGUAACUCGGACCUUCACCACCUUUGAUGACCAUCAGCCUGACCUGCUCAUCCGUGCCUAUGAGGGGGAGAGAGCUACUGCCAAGGAGAACCACGUGCUUGGCCAUUUCCUUUUGAAGGGCAUUUCUCCCGCCCCCCGUGGCAUGGUCUUGGUGGAGGCGACCUUCUAUAUUAACGCAGAUGGUAUCCUGACUGUGUUUGCCCUGGACAAAGUCGCCGGCAAUGCCAAUCCCAUCACUGUGGAUGCCAACAAGGGGCGACUGAGCAGAGAGGAGAUACAGAAGUUAGCGGCAGAGGCUGAGAAAUACCGAGCUGAGGAUAGGGCACAGAAAUGGAAAUUGGCCACUAAGAACUACCUUCAGUCCUGCGCUUUCAGUAUGAAGCGGACCUCGGAAGAUAUCCUUAACUACUUCACCUUGCAGGCCAAGAAGAAGGUGAUGGAGAAAUGUCAGCUGGCCUUCUCCUGCCUGAGUCCAACUGGAUGGCUGAAGAGGAGGAGAUCAGGCCCUAUGAAAAUGGUCUCGGGGAACUCCCUCCCAGGACUUAAACGCCUCAGUAACAGCACCGCGGGCAUCAACAGAACAAAACCAAACAAGUUCGUGGUCACCACUUGCAGCUUGACUUUCCAGUUUACCCAAACUACCACUGUGAUCUACCCAUAGGAAGUCCUAGCAGGGACCAGGGACGCUAGGCUUGCUGGUUGCUGUUGAUUUACCUGGAUUUACCAUCUUAUAUAGCCAAUUCAUAAAUGGGAACUUUCCAUGAAUAACAGCCAUCGGCCUCAAUAAAUUCUGCCUCUCAUACAUGUCUGUACAGGUGCAUUUACUAAUUACUGGGCAAAUAGCACGCUCCAUGAAAUGUAUGCCACAGCUGUAUUCGGGCUGCGAUGUUUAAAGAAACCUAAGAGAGUUAGGUGCCAAAUCCCAUUGAACUUCACUGGGAGUUGGGCACUUAAUUUCCUUAAACUACUCCCAAAAUACUAGCCUUGGCAUCACAGUCUGCCAGUUGUAGAGGGACUUUUGAACAGGUUUGUGUGUUUAAUGUAGAACCUAUAGAAAAUGUCUCCUUUCCAAGGAUAACCUAGAAAUGUCCAAAUUUUAGGGAGAGAUUCUAGUCUGUUAUGCUAGGGUAAAUCUGAAGUGACUCCAUUGAACCUAGCAGAGUAAGGAGCAGAUUCUGAUCUCAGUUACACUGGGGUAAAUCUGAAGUGACUCCAUUGAACCUAGCAGAGUAAGGAGCAGAUUCUGAUCUCAGUUACACUGGGGUAAAUCUGAAGUGACUCCAUUGAACCUAGCAGAGUAAAGAGCAGAUUCUGAUCUCAGUUACACUGGGGUAAAUCUGGAGUAAACUCCAGUUAAGUCAAAAUAGUCACAAUGAAGAUUGUGAUCUGCUGUCCAGAUGUAAAUCUCUAUCGGCUCUGGAGAUACGUAUCUUUUCAGAUAUAUCCCUUCUUACUUGUCUCUUCUGUAAUCUAAACAGCCUGUGUCAUUUAUAAACUGAUUGAGUCUGUCCAUGCCUCCAAAACAAUUCCUUAGCUACUUGCCUUUGGAUCUCUUCAGUUUCUUCUAUAAUAUGCCAAAAUUACUAGAUCCCGGGAAAAUAUUUGCUAAUAAAAAGAAAAAAAAAUCCACAAAACUUGUCAACUCACCCGUGUGCUCUGUGACAAAUAUAAAACUCAUACGUUCAAAGAAGGGUCAAGAUCCUCUAAAAGCCAAAAUUGUUUUUUAGUGACUGCAGUCCAGGGAAUAAAAGAUCUGGAAAUCUGGGUUCCCAACAUACUUUGCAAAUUCAGCCUGCACUCUGCAUUAUUCUUGCAGAGCUUUCAUUGCUCUCUGUAGAACAUGACUUCAAGCUAUCUUCUUGCUGUGAGUGAGGGAAGAGCUCAGUUCAGAAUCAUCACAGCAAAUGGUAAAAUAACCUAAAGCAGUCUAAGAGCGAGUGAAACAAGACAAGGAAAUGCUGUGCUGCCCUCUGCUGAGUGGAAUCCUAACACCUAAAGAAGAUCCAUCUCUCAAGUGGUGAAGGCCUGUUCUUUAAAGGAGGAAGAUGGGCUGAGGAAUGACCCUGGUGUCGUCAGCUCUAAAUGACAGCCCUCUACUGCUUGAGCUACAUGACCAUUCUUAUAGCUGGUAAAAAUAGAAGGUCAUAUAGGCCUUGUCAGUGCACAAGUUGUACUAUACCCAUGCAGUUAAAAUGAUAUAAUCCCUGCUCACCUCCAGUGUGGAUGCAGUUAUACCAGCUUAAAGGUGUCAUACUAAUAAGAGUUUAUUCCUGUUCUGGAAGAGGAAUACUGUUCUGGUAGAAGUACACUUAUGCCUGCUUCUACAGUAGAGGUUGUACUGAUAGAACGAUCAGUUAAAAAACAUACCUCUAACCAGCUAAAUACAAAAAUUGUUUAGACCAGGCCUUAGUCUCUCUCUGGGGCCAUUUGAUCUGGUGUCCAGGAGGACACAGGACAGGUUAUGGACUAACGCAGAGAUGAGAGCUAGUUCAGGGUUCUUGAUGGAGACAAGGGGCUGGGAUACUUCCAUCCAGAGAUUAACGCCAGAAGAAAGGCAGGUCUUUCUCCAUGAAGAAGAGGAAAGGAGUCAGCUGUCACAGUUCCUGAGAUAACCUGCACCUGUGACUGGAACAGAGCAGAUAACUGAUUUUUUUAGUUUGGGAUUUGAACCAAAAAAUCCAGGUGAAGGGGAAAAAAAAAUUGGUUUGCUUUGAACCUUUUUCAUUUAGGGUGUUUUUCACCCUUUUUAAAAAUUU